AUGUUGAUAUCCGACAAAGUCCUCGGUCCCUCCGCUAUCCUUGCUCGCUUCCGCUUCUUCUCGUCCAGCUAUCGCGAUGCCGACCGCCGGCCUCCCUCUUCUCCUCGCCGCCGUCCUCUUCUCCUCGACACCGACCGCUCUCGCCGACCUUCGGACGUCGCCGCGCUGCCGCAUCCCUCCCGCUCGCGCGCGUCCUCGCCGCCUCUCUAUUCUCCUAGCGCAUCGUCCUCUUCGUCGCCGAGUUCAAGCUGUGAUUUUUCCCCACUCCGGCGGCCGAUUUGCAGCGGCGCUGCUAGUUCUGCGGUGUUUGUGGAUGGAAUCGGCUGCUGGCGACGGGGAUCUGCUGCGGGCGACAGGGAGCGGCUGCUGGCGACGGCUGAUGGAAUCGGCGGCUGGCGACCGGAUGCUGCAGGACCAGUUCGUCGUCUCCGCCAACUACGAGGAGCAGCCGCCAGCGCUAGGUGGCUCUCCUUGGAUGGCAUGUGCCAGAAUGGGUACCUGCACAAGAAGGUGCGGUUGACCCUGAUCCACGGCGACUUGCACUCCAGCAAGGUGCAAGUCUUCGAUGACCACGACGGCAAGAUCGCCAUCUUGAAUCAGAUGUUCCUCCUCGAGUUCCAGCGGCGGCGAGAGGGGAGCUCCAGCAGCUGCGCACCGCGGGUUCCAGCAGCGGCGGGGGGAGCGCGGGAGGCCGCUGGCUCUGCGGCGCGAGAGGUCGCCACCGCGAUGGGCAGGAGGCCGCCCGCCGGUGCGAGGCUGUGAGCUCCACCGGGAGGUCCGCCGGCGCCGGCGCCGAGUGAGCUCCGGAUGCGGCGGCGGACCGCGUGAGGACGCGGCGGCGCGAGGCGAGGGAGGUCGCCGGCGCAAGGGCGGAAGGCCGCUGGCGUGAGGCACGGGAGCUCCACCGGCGCCAGGAGCGCGGAAAUCCGCCGGCAGGAACGUGCGACCGCGCGUAGGAUUCUGUCGGCACGAGGCGAGGAAGAUCUCCGGCGCCAAGGGAGGGAGGCCGCCCGCCGGCGCGGGAUCUCCACCGGCGCGAGAAGCGCGAGAAUCCGCCGGCGGGAAGAUGCGACCUUGCGCAGGUGUCCGUCGGGAGGGAGAUUCGGUCGAUCGGGGAUGACUUGAUGUUUAUUUCAAAAUAGGAAGGGGGGAAAUGGAAAAAACACUUUGAACUACACGUCCGACAUCUAAUUCGUGACGGAGGGAGUAGAAGGAAAUUUCACGUGACAAACUUUCACGGUUCCACCCUCCGCUGAAAUGUAAGUCCAAAAUAAAUCUUAAA